UUUAGUUGCUAGGCUGCUAACGCUAGCUUGGAGCUAGUGGUUUAUCCAAAUAGCAUUAGCGCCGUUUUCUCUUCGAAAUCUCAAAGCCAUGCAAACACCGGGAUAUUUUAGGAACGACAAGUGAGUGCAGCGACAAAUUAGUAAUUUUAAAGUAUCAAACAGGGCCUGUCUAUGUGCUGGGGUUAAACAAACAGCGUCGGAGGGCAACUCAGCGACCCACAUAUAACGUUAGGCGCAAAGUCGUCGCUUGCUAACUUAGCAUCCUCGCUCCUGGCUGGUAUGUCAACAGGUUGUUGCAGUGUACGUUACUGGUAAUAUUUGGAUUAAAUGGCAUCCCGUGAACGUUAACGGUGUUGUUCAAUUUCAGCGUAACGUUAGCAAAUGUUGCUUUGCUUCAUAAACGUGAGGAUCCAGUAACACGGGUCGAACAAGCUGUCAAGAUGGACCUGCAGAGAUCAACGACAUGAGACAGAAAAGUGAGUGCGCUUCCGUCCUCUCUGCAGAGGAAAAUGUUGGCAACUUAGAGUAAAUGUGAACUGGAGGGACACAAAAUGAUGAAUGUUUUCCCACGCACAUUCCCAUUCUCAUGACGCCAGCAGGGAGAUAUGGGCAUCCUCAGACUGGUAGCCAGAAUCAUGGGUAGGAUCAGUACUUUCAGGUCCUAUCAGUUUGUGCUUCUCCUGGCCGCAGCGCUUGCUGUCGUAGCUUUUUACUACUUUGGCUCAGAGAAGCAGAACUUCUCCAGCACCACAAAGCGGAUCAAGCAGACCCAGGCCAGCCACAAUGCCAACAGGAACGAUGCUGACCUAACUGUGGACACCAGGCUCUCACAGAUGACUGGAUCUGAGGAGCAAGGAGAGGAAGAGCAAGAUGUGGGAGGAGAGAGCGAUAGAUUUGGGCCUAGGAAAGGGGACGGACGCUACCACGCACUCAUGAUGUUCACCAAGGUGGACAAGAGCCGGAGCCUGCAGGACAAGUUUAAGGUGGCCAUGUUGUCUAUGGUGAAGCAUGGACGCUUCAUGGAAGGAGAGGUGUUGGUCCUUCAUUUUGUGAGCGACGAGGCCAGCAAAGAACUGGGAGAGAGGAUGCUGCAGGAGUUUCUCCUUGACGCAACAUUCAAGCAUGAGGUGCUGUUCCAUGACGUGGUGGCUCUCACACAGAAGCUGUUCCCAAUCGUGGAGGCCAUGCAGAAGCACUUCAGUGCCGGCUCUGGGGCUUACUACAGCGACGCCAUCUUCUUCCUGUCUGUUGCCAUGCAUCACAUCAUGCCUGAAAGUCUGACACGCAUAGUGCAGCUCGACCUGGACCUGAAAUACAGGACCAACAUCAGGGACCUUUUCCAAGAAUUUGACCAGUUCCCUCCAGGAGCUGUAAUAGGUAUCGCCAGAGAGAUGCAGCCAGUCUACAGACACACCUUCUGGCAGUAUCGUAAAGAGAACCCUCAGACCAAAGUAGGUGAUCCUCCUCCCGAGGGCCUCCCGGGCUUCAACAGCGGCGUGAUGUUAUUGGACCUAGGUGCUAUGAGGGACUCUGCUCUCUACAACCAGCUGUUGAAGCCUAGCAAUGUGGCGAAACUAGCAGACCAGUAUCGCUUCAGGGGCCACCUGGGGGACCAGGACUUCUUCACCAUGAUCGGCAUGGAGCAUCCUCAGCUGUUUCAUUCGCUGGCCUGUGGGUGGAACCGGCAGCUGUGCACAUGGUGGAGGGACCACGGAUACGGAGACGUGUUUCAGAUGUAUUACCGCUGUGAUGGACCUGUCUAUAUCUACCAUGGGAACUGUAACUCCCCGAUACCAGAUGACUGAUGACACAAGACUGAUGCUGGAACUGGACAUCUACAAUAAAGUUUGAGAGAAAUACUUUUCUUGCUUUUUGAAAGGGAAGAUUGCAACUUCUAUGGCAGUUUCCUUUCUUGACUGCCAUAGUCACAGACUCUGCCCCCUGCUGGUCAAGGGGCUACCGAAGGGUCCAUCCAUACAAAGAUGCUACAAAUAUGUCCGUGUCAUUUUAGAAUAAAUUUUGGCAUUCAGGCUGAAAACAGCCCUUUGUUACAGCAGUGCAAGGACCCGCAAUACUUGGGGUGUGUUUCUUCAGGUACAGAGAUGUCGAAAUGAUGAAGGAUGGUCUAUGAAGUUAACAGAGUGAUUCAUUUGAAGUUAGGACAGUAGAAAAACGUGUUCUUGCCUGUAGCUGAUUUGCCAACAUAGCACCUUUCCGAGUAAUGCCGCAUUGCAUCUUGAUACCAAACUGCGCCAGCGCUGGGAUCAUUCAUGUCUAAUAGGUCUUAGUCAGUAUGAAUGAGGCCUCGAGUGUCAUACAUUGUUGAUUUUAAGUUUUUUUUCAUUUUCUUAUACAGUACAUUAAUUGAUUUCAAUAAAUGUUGCCAUUUCUUUUGGAGAUUAUCUAAAAGACCCCUAUACAUAACACAAAGUGAUUCUAUUUUUCAGUUGAUGAUUCACAAGGAAUUCAUAUUGCUAACAAAUGGUUAAAUAUUAUCUGCAAUGAAUGUUGAGUCAGCUGAUGUGUUAAUUGGCAUCUAUAAAUAAAAAGAAUCUUGUACCUGUUGAUUCCCAGCACCUCAAGCUCUCUGUCAGUGCCACAAGUUCAUCCUGCGCUGCGCCGUCCUGCAGUACCACACCACUCUCUUGGAAAUCAGGUGCCAACUAGAACCAUAUAGGGUUCUUUGGCUUGUCCCCAUAGAAAACACUUUUGUUUCCUGACACAACCUUUAUACAGGUUCUACUUGGAACCCUUUUAAAUGGGUCUAUCUAGAAACCAACAUAAAUGGAUAUACCUGGAACCAUCUGUGAAAGGUUCCAUCCAGAACACCCUGUGAGAGGUUUUACAGAGAGCUGUGGUUACACUAUGGUGUAAUUGUGCCACCCAGAGCCCUCUCUGAACAUCCUAUCCAGAACCUUUCCACCUUCUAAGGGUGCUUACAGGAACCCACCCAGGGGGUUUUGCUGAGAACCCUUUAUAUUCCAACAGUUUCAACAAGAGCUCACCCAGGGGGGCUCUAAAAAUAGUAAUGAACUAAAUUACUCAAAAGAUCUUUCUCCCACUAAUCAUAGCUUUAGUUUAAGAGGUUAACCUGGGGCCAAGGAAGCCAGAUCCAGCAGACCUUGGCCUCAUGAAGUCCCUUUAGGGCGGGGGCUGGUGUGGUCCAGAACAACUUAGAGCGCUCAUGGUUCACAAUUACAUUUGCAGGGUUUGAUAUUUUGUGAAAUCACUACUACUGCAGCCUUUACUAUGUCAAUAGUGCAGUGGGGUUGGGAACCAAAACUCUGUUCCAAUUAAGAAUCAAAUACAAAGUGCCAAGUACCAGGUAGCUCUAAAAUUGAAAAAACAAAAAAAGAACUGAACUGACAGAUAUCAACUGUGGCAAAACACAAGUAAAAUGAAUUAAUGAGGAGGAUUCCAGAUACAUCUACAUUUCUACAAAAACCAUUUAAAACACUGGUAAACAUUUAAAGAUUUGAGGAUAAGGAUCUUUAAAUGCCAAUGGUUUUAACAAUCCUUGAAUCUUCCAAAAGGGGUUCUUUGGAUGGGUACGAGGAAAAACAAAUCACAACCGACAGAUAUCUUUUACUUCUGUAAAUAUCAGUCUGUGGUAAAUAUAGAAAAAUUGAUCAUCUUGGUGCAGGGCUGCCAAAGCUUUUCAUCUGUCCAAUGGACGAUAUGCUCUCACACACACAAUAGCCCUACACACAAACAGCGCCUGUAAGAAGAUCGGCUCUGAACUCGGGAUUUCAGGUAAAGAGGCUACAGUACUUGAUAAGGUUGCAUAGCAACCUCAGACGCCACUUCCACACUCUUGAAAGCUGGCUCAAAGAAGGGACAAAAGUAGCGCCUGACCUUGUCUUUUCCAAGCGGUUAAAGAUGUGGCAUGUGUACGGCCCCUGAGUCUGACAAAUAACCCUUGAAGAACUCUUUUUUCAAAAAAGGAGAGAAGAAGACGAAGGAGAGAAGUGGCCGUGCAGAUACUGACCCACUUAUGAGUUUUCUUGCUGUGCUCACUGAACUGCCACUCAGAUUCAAAUACAUGUCAACACUCAAUAGUCAUCACUCAGGAAAUUGUCUGCGAUGAUGCACGCUUUAACACACAUGUACACACACUGAGAGUGAAGCAGCUGCAUGGCCUGCAACAUCAGUGGAGCCAAACGGCAGCUACUAAAGACACUCUGAGAAUAAACAUUAUCCCAAAUCAAUGCGCUUCCCUUGAACUCACCCUGAAGCUGGUCGAUAUUUUUUCUGGCUCUUUGAGAACAACACUCUUAAGUCUCUGUAGCGCUAAAACACAUUGUUAGCAAGAAAAAGAGCCGAUGAAUCAGAGUAAAUACUGAAAAAUAACUUCCGUUCACAGUUCCUCAAUGCACUUUAUAACUCACACUUUGUUUGAAAGGGUUAUGUUGACUAGAUGAUGGUUAGAUUUAUUUUUCCUGUGCUGAUUAUUACUUGUUCUUUGUUUUAAAGACCAUUCCAAUGGUUUUGUAAAUUUUGGCCCAUUACCUAUAAAUGUAUAUGUGUAGUUUGUGAUUGAUUUCCUACUCUUUAGGCAGCAAUUGGCUUUCCAUUUUCUCCUGUGCUUUAUUAUAGCAGAUACUUAAAGAUGCUUGAGAUUGGUAAUCCAUCACAGUGAGCACUUUACAUUGUAUUUUUUGGUCAGAACAUAAAUAUGUUGUAUUGUAGUGGGAGAUCUCAGGAUUCUUCAUAAAGAUGCAUUCAAGGACUCUUACAGGAUAAUUAUCUCCUGAAGCACAUUGCAUCUGUCAAUUAUGUUUAAAAAUUAAGUCCAGAAAAGUCCAGAGGUAAAAAUGCAAACAUGGACACUGAAAAAGACUAAUGAAUUUGAUCAUUCCUUCGAUUAAAAAUUCAGCUGCCAUGUUGUUAGGAGUGUCUUUUUUUAUGCAUCUAAGGCCAUGUUACACAAAAACCAUGGCCUGAAAACAGAAUCGUUUCUCAUUUUUGUUAUGAAAGAAGUUGACGUUCAGACGACAAUGUUUUGAUAACAAUCGCCGUGCACACGGAUCCACAAAAAUGGCCAAAUGGCCAAAAUCACUGUAGUAUACAUGCGCUUCCUUCUACAAAGCGGUGAUGUAUAAACAAACAAACAAACAAAAUGGCAACUACACAAACGUUUGUCUGGACAGACGACGAGGUGGAGUUGUUACAGUUAAUCUACACUUUGCUGGAGAAACGUUGAUAAAUUUAAUAGGGUGAGCAGCACAAACAGAGCUCAGGAGUCCGCCAUUGUUGUUAUGAUGGUCGACUUUCUCGCACAUGCCUAGUGACUGAAACCGUAAUGCACAUGUGCGAAAAGCCUCAGUUUUCAGAGGAACUGCAUAUUGCAAGUUUACAUGACAACAUAGAGGGUGUUGUUUCUGAGAAAACUGCACUCUGGAGCCAGUUUUCAAAACGUUGCGUUUUCAGGCAGCCGAAACGGCGCCGUUGUGUAAAUGAUCAGCCAAAAUGCAACUAAAGUUUACCGUUUUCGGUUGAAAUUGUUUACAUAUGAAGAGGACCUAAGUGUGUUAUCCAUACUCACAACUGCAUUACUAUCUUGACAAAACAAACCAAAGAAAUGCAAUAAAUAAUUCAAUGUGAUGGAUUACCUUUCUUACAUGCAUUUAAAGAUUCUUAAAGUCGACUUCCAAAAGUGGCGAAAGGGAAGAAAACGAAAUGGUAGAGAAUGGGCUUAAACAUUUUGAUCUAAUGGUAUUUACCAUUGAAAUAUCCUUUUUGUGUUUUGAAAACUGUUAAUCCAUGUUUACUGUGUAUAUCCAUCACAAGUUUUGGUAACACCCUCCAACUGUGGUCCCUAAUCUGUCAACGUUAGUUGCUAUGAAGUUUUCUGGGAAAUAUCUAUGUGAUUUGUUGCUAAUAAUAGCAAAAAGUAUUCAUUUAGUGUUCAUUUAUGGUCGGAAACUUUAUUCUUCAUAUAUAUUUUAUUAUUAUUUUUCAUGUUCAGCUGACCUGCUUUGCUCUGACUUGAAUACUCUCUGUGUUAUGCCAGAAAUUAACGGUACCAAUUAAACACUGUUUUCCCUAUAAUUAAUAUAAAAUUAUAUACCUGUGGUUAUAUACCUGUAACCUCCUUUGAAAUUAUUAGGAUAUCAUGGACAUGAAAACAAAUGUUAUCCUCGUUUACAUGUUAUUUUCACUCUUUUCAAACACUCCUGUGUAUGACAUCUGAUGUUAAAAGAUAAAGUGAUAAUGAUCUGGUUUAACUUGAUAAAUGUUAUGAGGGUAGUAACACUUUUUCCAGUCUUCUGUUUUACUGUGAAAACUAUAAAUGACUGUUCUGUAUCAGUAAACUCAAUGUGCAAUUAUCAUUUUAAAGGGCUAACAGAAGUUUGCAAGUAAGAGUAUAAUUAACGUUGUACAUGUAGAAACCCUGUGACAGAUUAGAAAGCUGCUGUAUUCAGUGUUAAAGACUCAAGUUGACAUGUUUUUUCUCCGACGAUAAAGGCGAAUGUGAGAGCAGCUUUAUAUGAAGCAAACUCUUUUUUAAAAAUGCUCCCGAGUGAAUGUUUAAACUCAAUGACCUUUUGUAGACAUCCUGUGACAUAAACAAAGUAAACUUCCUGUUUUGUUCAGCUGCUCAUCUCUAUAAUAUUUCACAACUUUGAAAUUAUGUUUGUAUGUUCAGCUUUCCUAAAUAAAUUAUAUGAUAACUUCA